AUGCGCGAAGCUAAAUACUCCGCUCUGCUUUUAUUCGUGACCACGUUAUUGAUAGCGAGCUGUCGUGGCGCCGAACAUGCUGCUGAACAAGACCCGAAACAUGACGAAUUUGUUGUCGCUGACAACGUGAAUAUAGUGCCGUUAAACUUAAACUCGACCAACGUGACUCAUUUGGCCUAUGGAGUCGCUGCCAACGUGCUCGCCGCGCUGUUGUACGGCAGCACCUUUGUUCCUGUGAAAAGAAUAGAGACCGGCGAUGGCAUGUUCUUUCAGUGGGUCUACUGUGCAUCGAUAUGGGCUGUAGCCAAGUUGGCAGACACGAUACUGCAGUCGCCUAAAUUCUACAAUUUCGCCAUGAUCGGAGGCGUCCUCUGGGCUACAGGAAAUAUAGCAUCAGUUUCAAUUGUUAAAGCCAUUGGCCUCAGCCUCGGCAGUGUCAUUUGGAGCUCUUCAUGUUUAUUGAUAGGCUGGGCCAGUACAAGGUUUGGCUGGUUUGGGAGUCCUCAGGAUGUUCCCCGGCCCAUAUUAAAUUAUUGUGGCGCUGGGUUGUGUCUGCUCAGCAGCUUGAUUUUUCUCUUUGUGAAAACGGACGUGAAGCUGCAUAUCAGCGCCGAAUCGAUUCCUUUGCUUCUCGACAGAAGAUCAAACUCGUGCAGCUACGGACAAAGUUCCUCAGAGUUCUGGAUGGACGCCAUCGGACCAAAGACCCGUCGGGUCAUCGGCUGCCUGCUGGCCGUUGUGGCGGGAACGCUCUACGGCUUAUCCUUUGCGCCCAUCCUUUACAUCAAGAACCAGUCAUCAACCCCCGACAGCGUCUUCUACGGAGCCAGUGACUAUGAUCUCGACUAUGUUUAUGCGCAGUGCUGCGGCAUUUUCGUCGCGAGCACGGUGUACUUGGCCAUCUAUUGUGCGGCCAUGAAUAACAGGCCCCGGGUCUACUCCCGAGUCAUCCUACCAGGUCUCUUUUCUGGCUUGAUGUGGACGUUGGGCACGUACUGCUGGUACCUGGCCAAUAACUACCUGAGUGCAGUGAUUACCUUCCCCAUUGUCAGCGCGGGAUACGGUCUGGUUGCAGCCCUGUGGGGGACCUUGGUGUUCAGAGAAGUCAAGGGUUUUGUGAACUGCUUUAUCUUCUGCGUGGCCUUCUGCGUCGUGCUGGCCGGCUGCUUGCUGACCAUCCUCUCAAAGAUGUGAUGAAGAAGCGAGCGACUGUAAUAUUUCCAUUGUAUACGUGUGCACAUAUCGACUCAGAAAAUAAUGUCCAUUUUAUAAAACUCUUUGACUCGGCCAAGUGGGAACAGUAUAUUUUGAACCACAGGUGAUUGUGCACAUAUGUUAUAAUUGCCUUUCAUGCAGCUCUUGUCGUCUCCCCGUAUAGCUUUCUGUGCUUUUAAUUGGCUCGGGUGUUUAAUAUGUGAGAACGUAUAGAUGAAGGCAUA